AUGUCCGAGACCGCUUUAAAAGGCAGCCUUGCUGGCAGCGCGUCGUCAUCGCCACCACCCGCAUUUCCUCGUCUCGGAUCCCGGCCUAAGAGCAUCGCCAAGCAGUAUGAUGCCGCUUUGGCUUUAGCCUCGACUACCGAUUCUUCCGUUGACGACCUUUACAAGAUUACUUGGGGCCAACGACAGCUCACAGGAUCACCGAGACCUUCGAACCGGGCUCAUCUGACGAUUCGUCGGUCCUCGAUCUUCAAAGAAGCGCAUCCAAGAAACGGCCAGCUCCUUCUUCCUUCAUUCUUCCCCGAGCGAAGAUGGCGCGGAUCAGAGAGCUCUCAGUUGGCUAUAUUGUUGAUUCUAAUCUCCCCCUUUACUACCUUCGAGAGUACCUACCUACAAGAGCUAUUCCGUCAGCUAGACCCUGAUCUUUAUACCCAGGUGCCCUGGGGUCGAACUGCAGCUAAGAAAGACCUAGAGGAUAUACUCUCUUUAAAGAAAGCGGCCGUCAAGGAGGAACUCGACAAGGCUAUUACCCAGGUACAUAUCAGCUUCGAUCUCUGGACCUCUCCAAACAGACUAGCUUUCAUUUCGAUCUUUGGUCACUAUAUUGACCAGAGCAACUUAUACCAAAGCCGGCUGCUGGCUUUCAGGAGGCAGAUCGGGUCUCACGCCGGCGAGAAUAUCGCCUACACUAUAAGGAAUGUCGUCCGUGAUUGGGGGAUCGAUUCGAAGCUUGGGGUCUCGAUCUGUGAUAAUGCGACCAGCAACGAUGUUUGCUUGCGAAGCCUCUACACAACUCUCGAUGCCUCGAUGACUCGAGCGGAUACGGAGGCACGAAGGAUGCGAUGUUUCGGGCAUAUUCUAAACCUUGUUGCCCAAGCUUUCCUCUAUGGCGAUGAUGCAGCUUCUUUCGAACUUCAAUCUGAGGCUUAUGGCAUGCUGGAGCGGGUUGAAGAAGACCUCGAACACUGGCGAGCUAAGGGUCCAGUUGGGAAGCUUCAUAAUAUCGUCAGGUUCAUCCGAGCCUCUCCGCAACGCACCGAAGCAUUCAAAGCACAUGCCAAGGAGCAGGAGGAGGCGGACAUAUACAAGCUUGCAGAAGAAUCAACGGCCGAGCUUGAAGUCAUACAGAACAACGCUACGAGAUGGAAUUCGACCUAUAUGAUGAUCGAACGCGCCUUGAUCAAGCAGUCUGAGCUCAAUAGCUUCAUUCAAGAGCUAGGGCUGGAAGCAGACGCCUCAAGAAGGGUUCCUACAGCUGACAUCCUGACCUCUGAUGACUGGAAGGUCCUCAGGGAGUCGGACAAACCCGAGAGCGACCCUCACGCCAGCAACGACUACCAUCACGACUUCAGGGGUAUGAGAUCACGCCGUUACGCCGCCGCCGCGAAACAGCUCUUCCGGCCCAUCAACUUGCCAGCCCACAGUUUAAUGAAGAUGCCCCUCCCUGCACAUUCUCGAGAGGACUACCUACAGGGCGAUGCUCGUUCCAUGAGCAAUAUUGCUAGUAUGGAGGGCCAAGAGCGUGCAAGUAUUAGGGCAAGCAUCAAUAAUGCUUGGAUUAAGCUUAACGAGUACUACACUCUCCUCGGGCGAUCGCCUCUGUUUGCGGCCUCUGUUGUUCUAAAUCCGGACCUUGGCCUCCGGUGGCUUGAGACUAACUGGACCUCCCCGGAGCAGCUACAAUGGCUUCGGGAUGCAAAGGAUGGCAUCAAAGGCUACUUUGAGCGUUGGUACUCAAACGACGAUGAUGCCUCUGAGGAGAGUAUUUUCGCCACGCCCUCGUUAACGCCCCGACCUGAGCAAAGUAGGUUUGAGCAGUGGGUAAAAAGCCGGCAGCCUAAGCUCUCAGCAACAGGCAGUGAGCUUGAACGAUACUACAGGCUUGAGCCGGAGCAGGUGAAUGACCCUAUUCAGUGGUGGAUUGAUCAUAGGAACGCUUUCCCGCGUUUAAGCAGAUUUGCAUUGGACGUCCUUGCUAUUCCGGCCAUGGCAACUGACUGUGAGAGAGCAUUCAGUCUUGCGAAGCUUACAGUCACCUCACAGCGGCAUUCCCUGCUUGGAUCGAGCAUUGAGUCGGUCCAAUUACUGAAGAACUGGAUCAGGGGAGGGCGUGUUACUCUAGGGGGCCUAUGCUUGAGCAACAAGGCCAGUUAG